UUGGCGCGGUUUUGGAUUUUUAGGAUCAUUCACUAUUAAUUAUUUGGACCAGCAAUGCAGCAUCAACAACAAUAACAAUGGAGUCGUCCCAGAUGAAAACAUUGGCGUUUAAAGUUGGAGUUUCUUCAGAGGAUGUCAUCAGGAAAGCCCAUGAAUUGCUGAGGCUCUGUGAAGUGAGAUCAGUGGGAGGGACAGCAUUGUGCCCAAACAGCUCAUGUAAAGCGGUCAUGUGUAUUGAACUUGCUGCUAACUCGAUGGAUCAACCAAUAGACAAAAACUCGCUCAUCAGAAUUUCAGGUGUGACGAGAAAGGUCUACACAACAAGUUACAAGACCUUGGAAAAUCUUCUGGAAUUAAAUCAAAAUGUCAGUGUGAGAGAUCUUGCUGUACAGUUUGGAUGUCUUCCUGCGGUCACGCCAGCCUUAGAAAUCUUAGCAAGAUACAGGAAAAAUUUUGAUUGCAAAAUGUCCGAGUCUACAAAAGAAGAUGUCAACUUUAAUGGGCCACUAUUCACUACUGGUAGUCUGUACACGGCAUGCAGACACCUGAAAAUCAAAGCAGAAAAGAGUAAAUACUUGGCAGUCGCUGGGGUCAAUAGGUCAACAUUUGAUAGACUUUGCACAGAGCUUACUCAACACGCUAUGGCUGUAAUAGGUGACAAAAGUACGAGUAAGUCGAAACGCCAAGGACAUUGGCUUGAUGAUCUAGAAACGUCAUUUGAAGAAGAGUGUAGCCCUCCGAAAAAGCAGCUCACCAAGAAACAAAAUGGCGGCACAAACAGCGACUACGAAGAGUGGAAAAGAAGAAUACUGGAAGGAGCCAACACAAAGACAUGACAGAAGCAGAAUAACUUUAAAAGAUCCAAAGAAUUUUGCCCGGAUGGGCCCAAUUUCAUAGUGCUGCUUAAGCAGAAUAUACAGCUUAAAAAAUCCAUGCUUAUUUUACAUGGACUUAUUGGCUGGUAACUUGAUUCUGAUUAUAUUAGGACGUUUUGUUGUUUUGGCUCAGCUUUUUUUGUGCAAGAAACUGUAUGAAAUUGGUCCCAGGUUUUGUAUUAUUGUGCAAUGCUGCAAAAAAAAGUUAACAAGUCUAAUUGGACAAAAAAAAGUAUUAUUAAAAGGACAAAAGUAAUGCAAUUGCUAUUUCAAUUACCCGAAAAGAAAGUGUACAAUUGUUAUUUAAUCACCCAAGUUAAAAAAACUUCACCAACAAGUAGAAUUUUUAACUGGAAACCAUACAAAUAAAAACAAUCUGACAAGAAGUCAUAUUCCGGCGACAUGAGAAAUUUUAAAGGAACACGUUGCCUUGGAUCGGUCGAGUUGGUCUUUGAAAACUGUUCUGUAACUGUUUGUUAUA